AUGAAACUUGAUGUGGAUGAGGCAUAUGACUUGCAUGAAAAAAUAGCUGAAAACCAAUCGAUGUGGCCAACCAAUAGAGAAGCUCUAAGGAAAACUUCAGGGUUACACAACGUUGAUGUAGUGACAGCAUUGGCCGUGCAAAUGGAAGUUCUUACAAUGAAAAUGGACAAUCUAUCUAAGGCAGUCAACAUAGUAUACCAACUGCCACCUGUUUGCAAAGACUGUGGAGUGGAUCAUAACCAAGAAGCCUCAAUUAAGAAUUUGGAGCAACAUGUUGGACAAAUUGCAGCCGCGCUAUCAGGUAGAGCUCAAGGGACAUUACCCAGUAAUACUGAGACAAAUCCUAAGGAGCAAGUCAAAGCAAUCACUACACCAACUAUCAUAGAAAAUGUACCUACCACGGGCGAGAAGCAAGUAGAUGAAUCAGACAAAGUCACAGAAACUCAAGUUGAGUUAUCAGAUAGUCCACAGGUGAAAGCAACCACUCCUGUCAAAGCAUAUAUGCCUCCGAUCUCAUUUUCACAAAGAUUGCAAAAACAUAAGCUCGAUAAGCAAUUCCAGAAAUUUUUGGAUAUGUUCAAGAAGCUGCAUAUUAACAUACCGUUUGCUGAAACUUUAGCUCAAAUGCGCAGCUACGCCAAGUUCAUGAAAGAUAUUCUAUCAAAUAAGAGACAGCUGGAGGAUAAUGAAACAGUCACGCUUACUGAAGAGUGCAGGUCGAUUAAGCACCCUCGUGGUAUUUGUGAAGAUAUUUUAGUGAAGGUCGACAAGUUUAUCUUCCUAGCGAACUUCAUUAUUUUGGAUAUGGAGGAAGAUAGGGACGUUCCCCUCAUAUUGGGUCGCCCAUUUUUGGCUACGGAAAGAGCUCUGAUAGAUAUUGUUGUAAUAAAAGAAGUGGUGUCAGAGACAUUCAAAUUAAAUCACCAUCAGGAUUUGCUUGAGGCUUGUUUAGUGCAUUUUCAGGAUUUACCAUCACAAAAUGAGGAAGCAAAAGAAUGUGCACGUUAUUUGGCAGCCCUACCACCAUUCUUCAAACAACCACAUUUGGAGCUCGGUGAAAGACCUACAAUACCAUUACCGUCUAUACAGCAAGCUCCGGCUCUUGAAUUUAAACAGUCGUCCACUCAUAUUCGCUAUGCAUACUUGGGGAAAAAGAAUUCAUUUCUGGUAAUUAUCUCGAACAAUCUUACAGAAUCAGAGGAAGAUCAAUUGCUAAGGGUACUUCGAGAACACAAGACAACAAUAGAAUGGAUGAUAUCAAAUAUAAAAGGGAUCAGCCCUUCUCUUUGCAUGCACAAGAUACUGAUGGAAGAAGACUACAAAGAUUCAGUUGAGCAUCAACCUAGAUUAAAUCCGACUAUGCAAAAAAGUGGUAUUAAAGCUUUUGGAUAUAGGGAUCAUCUACCCCAUAUCAGACAGUCAUUGGGUGAGUCCAGUACAGUGCCAGAUGAUCAAGAGAAGACGACCUUUACAUGCCCUUAUGACAUUUUUGCUUAUAGGAGGAUGCCCUCUGAUUUUUGCAACAUUCCUGCCACCUUUCAACAUUGUAUGAUAUCUAUUUUCUCGGACAUGGUGGGAAAUAUCAUCGAGGUGUUUAUGGAUGAUUUCUCAGUAUUUGGAAAAUCAUUUAAGGAGUGCCUUAAAUAUUUGGGAAAAGUGUUACAGCGUUGUGAAGACACAAACCUUGUAGUAAAUUGGGAAAAAUGUUAUUUUAUGGUUCAGAAAGGAAUUGUAUUAGGGCAUCGGAUUUCUGCACAGGGUAUUGAGGUGGAUAAAGCUAAGAUACAAGUCAUCGAAAAACUACAAUCGUCGGUAACAGUGAAGGGAGUCAGAAGUUUCUUGGGGUCACGCUGGGAAAAUUUGGUUUCUGUUCCAGUAUUGGCUCAUCCAGACUGGGAUUAUCCAUUUGAGCUUAUGUGUGAUGCCAGUGAUCAUGCAGUGGGGGCAGUGUUGGGUCAACACAAGGAGAAGAUUUCUCAUGUUAUUCUCCAUGCCAGUAUGACUUUGGAUGAGGCUCAAAUGAAUUAUGCUAAUACAGAGAAAGAGCUCUUGGCAGUGGUGUUCGUCGUUGAUAAAUUCAUAUCAUAUUUGAUUGGGUUAAAAGUGAUUGUCUACACAGAUCAUUCAGCCUUAAAAUAUCUAAUGAACAAGGAGGACACAAAGUUGAGACUUAUUCAAUGGAUACUCCUAUUGCAAGAAUUCGAUUUGGAGAUCAGAGAUAAAAAUGAGAGCGAGAAUGUUGUUGCAGAUCACUUAUCUCGCCUUGAAUCACAUGAGCUACACCCUACGGAGGAAAUGAAUGAACGUUUUCCUGAUGAAAUACUUUUUCAGAUUAUCACUACACCAUGGUAUGCCGACUAUGUAAAUUAUUCGGCCCGCUCCAUCAUCCCACAGUACUACUCAAGUCAUCAGAAGAAGAAAUUCUUUAGUGACUUAGAACACUACUUUUGGGAUGAUCCAAUUCUUUACAGAAAGAGUCCAGAUCAAAUCAUACGCCAUUGUGUACCAGAAGUAGAGCAGUAUCAAAUAUUGGAAUUAUAUCACUCUGCACCCUGUGAAGGUCAUUUCUCAGCAACCAAGACAGCAUCAAAAAUACUACAAUCGAGUUUUUAUUGGCCUACUUUGUUCAAGGAUGCCCAUUAUAUGGUGAAAUAUUGUGAUCAGUUGGACUACGUGUCUAAGUGGCUUGAAGCCGUGGCUUUGCCAACUAACAAUGAUCGAGCGAUAACUCAAUUCCUAAAAAGAACAUUUUCACGAGAUACGACUAGUUGGCAAGUGGAAAUCUCCAACAGGGAGUUAAAGAAAAUUAUUAAAGCUAUAGUCAGUGCAUCACAUAAGGAUUGGGCUAAAAAAUUGGACGACGCACUUUGGGCAUAUAGAACAUCAUCUAAGACUCCAAUUGACAUGUCUCCAUAUCGGUUGGUAUUUGGAAAGGCUUAUGAGUUUCAUUUGGAUUCGUAUGAGAAUGCAAAGAUUUACAAGGAAAAAACCAAGAUAUGGCAUGAUAGGCAUGUAAGGGAGAAGAAGUUUGAGGUUGUGUCUCAAGAUCAGCAAAGGAGGUUCAAAGUAAAUGGACAACAGUUGAAAGCUUAUUGGGAAGGUGACUACUUCAAUGAGAAAAUAGCCAUGCCACUUGACAAUGCAGAGUAG